AAAAUUGUUUACAUCGACUUCAAUGGAAGGCUGUUCGUAUUUCUAGAAAUUAGUUGGUUUUCAAGGUGGAUACGUGCAUAAAAUCGCUUCAAAAUGGCAGGAGAAGUGUUGGUAGAUGCGCUGCCGUACAUUGACCUCGGUUAUGAUGAUCCGGGAGUGCGAGAAGCGGCUAUCGCCAUGGUGGAGGAGGAAUGUCGUCGAUAUCGGCCCACGAAGAACUAUCUUGAGCACCUGCCUGCGUUGAACACAGCUGCCUUCGAAACCGAACUGAUGACGGCGGAAUUCGAACGUAUCCAGAACCGUUUGCCAAUGGAGCCGCUGAGCAUGAAGCGGUACGAACUACCGCCUCCACCGGCUGGUAAAAUGUCCGAGGUACCAGCUUGGACCGAAAGUGUGGACAACUCGAUGGCUCAGCUAGAACAUCAAGCCGUCCGGGCGAUGAAUCUCGACCUGAUGAUGGAGUAUGGGUGCGAAAUGUGGAAAUCUUAUCUCGAGGUUUUGACGGCUAUGCAAGCGAAGGCUCAGUCCCGUUUGGAGACGAUAAAGAAGGAAAUCCAAGACGUGAACUGGAAGCGUAAAUCGAAACAGACGCAAGGCGGUGAGAAGCUGCGGUCACUUGAAGCGCAAUGGGUAAUGCUCGUGUCUAAAAAUUAUGAAAUAGAGCAGGCAUGUGCUAAGCUCGAGGAAAGAAUUUACCAAAAGAAGAAUCAAGUUCAAAAUCACAAUAGAAAAUAAGUUUGGAUGGAUAGAAUGAUAAAAACACAUUGACGAUAAUAGUUGUAUUCUUGUA